AUGCCGAAACCGACACCCGUCGAGGACUUGAUCAUACCACCGCAGGACCAGAAAAUAUGCGGAACCAUCUGCAUAUGUCAGAUGACGGCCGUGCUUAGUUGUGUAGCGAUCGUGUAUCUGACCGUCGCCAUCUACAUGCCCUACACCAAAGCCAUAGCGUCGGGCAUAGACCCGACUCCCAUAAUGUGUACGACGACAAGGGCCGUGAACAAAGACAACUGCGACUGGGGCUCGUGCGGUGAGUGGUGCCUGAGCAAAACCUCCGGAGCGUGCAUUCAAAUUUACGUCAACGUCCGCAAAAACGGAACGUCCUUGCUAUUGUCCGAUUGCGGAAGCGCCGCCAACAAAACCUGUUUCGGCAUAGACCAGGAGAACGCCAAAAAAUAUCACUGCAUCAGGGACGAAUGCAGGAAUCUAACAGGCACCUUCAAUUGCACUGAGGGAAAGUGCAUCAACAUAACAGACGCCUUUGAAUGCGCGUUCCGGGAAACCGAUCCACCGCUAAAGUGCUCCGGGAGACGAGGCAAAAUAACGUGCAUCGACGUACACGGAUUGUUCUAUUGUAACCGAGGUACUUGUAGGAAGAUCCGAACACCGUACAACUGUGACAGAAGAUGCGUAGACAUUCCCACUAGGAACAAGAACGUUAUAGUCUUGAGCGGUGACCGAGUCUUUUUAGCUAAGUGUACGAAAUUAGCAAAAGAGGAAGCCGGCGAAGUUGUCUGGACGGACUCCGGCGAGGAAGUACUGAUGCUAUCGUGUCAUGCUGUCCACAAUGGAUCUUCAGGGGUGGUCGCCGUGGACUGUAUUAAUGCGGCUCUACUACCAAAGACGGACAUAGCGGACUUGACUAAUUUCACUCAUUUGCAAUAUUUGUAUACGUUGAAGGCUGUCCCUAACCGCAUCAUCGCCCCAUCUGAAGUCGAACUAACUAUAGCUAACGACAGCAAAUUGAUGAUUAAUCUGGAGGGUUGCGUUAACACAUUGGCUGAUGAGUGCAAGGAGUUCCUCAAGGAUUAUGGACGUGACGGUACCGAUCACAAUGCGAAAGCCCGUUUUCCCUGUUUCUACACGGAGAACAAUCCGGAAACGGUUGUGGCCAGAUUCGAUUUGGACGCUACGUAUAGACAGUUCGUUGUGGCCUUAGUACUACCCACGGUACUGGUUAUCGUCUCGUGUAUAACACUGAUGCUUUGCCAGAGAACAGUGGAAGUGGGUGAUGACGCAAAAAUGAGAUUCAAGAGUUGCACCGGUGGACAGUCCGACCUGCAAAUGCAUCCGAACGAUCCUGUUUCUCCCCUCUGA